CCUCAGCCAGAAUAUGCGCAACAGGGCGAUCCGAGAUGACCGGUCGCGUUCAUUUGCUCAAGGCCCAGAACCCGACCCAGCUAGUAAACAUACGUCGUGUAUACAACCCUCUUUGCUAUCGAGCCGGUAGAUUUUGGUUGUAUACAAAUUUGGGGCAUGGCAAAUCACAUACAUUGUAUCAAGUUUGAACCGAAAGAAUUCAUGAUUUUAAAAAGUAAUAACGAAUUCGACAGACCCCAUCCGAGAAAUCGGUCAUGUCUGGACUCUGAAUCACUUUAAGAACCGAGCCAACCGACAGGCAUUAGGGGUUCUAUAUCUGAUAUUUCAUCAAUGCGAAGCUCUGAGCACGGUUAUUACCUGCAUUGGUGGCUAUGUAUCACGGUCCAUGUCUCUGUUCUUAUCCUCGCUCUGAAAUGGGUAUUACUAACAAGAUCAUCGAUCUAUCCAUAUAUAUAUAUAUCUAUCUAUCUAUCUCUUCGACAAGAGACGGGCGAAAAACCGGAUCAGUGUUAUGGCCUAGCUCAUGAUAUUAGCCAUCUGCCAUCACUAGUGUCAUCGAACUGAGGUAUGGGACGAUCUUUUAUUGAUUGCUAUGCCAAUACUAGUACCCUAGCGCUCCUCUCGUGCCUAUAUGAGCCUAUCUAGGAAACACUCAAUGAAAUUCUGCUACUUCAUAAAAUCGCCAUCUAACCCCCAAAUGCUGGGCAAGAAAGGGGGAUGCAGGGGCGAGAUGCGACUAUCGCGUGGAUUGCCAUUUCAUUCAUUCCUAGCCCUGCGUGCUGCAUACAUAGGCGCAUAAAUCCUAGAGGCAGGAAAGAGUAGCUAGGCAAUAAGCACCGCAGGAGCUUCAUACUAAUAGUAGCCCCGAUACCAUACGAGAUAAAGACACCAACCAUAUAGCAAAUUAUUAAAAAUAACGUUAAUU